AUGUUGCGGAGGUUUUCUACCCAGUUCAAGAAGUCAAAGGGUGACCGUGAGUCCAAGCAGAAUGGCACCCCGGGCCCGGCGAACAACAGCAGCAAGCGCCAGUCCAAGCUGGCGCAGCCGCGCAAGUCUUCUUCAUCGUCCUCCGAUGGUGAGCGCAGUGCGAAGAACGAGGAUGGUGUCCCCGCGUUCGAAAAGUACGCCCAGGUGCUCCAUGCGUCGCGGAGCCCUCUGCCAAAUCAGACCGGCGAUGGCGCGACAAGCGCUCAUGACCACCAGACCACCUUAUUCCAGGAUCUCCGGUCAUUCGGAUUCAAGGAUUUUGGCACUUUGAAGGAGGUCAUCGCAACUAAGGCCAAGGGUGAGCAUGUAGAUGACAAAACCAUGGUGAUGGAGCGCAUCAUUCAGCUUGUUAGCGGUCUCCCUGCGAACUCCAAGUCCCGGACGGAGCUGACCCACCUCUUCUUGGAUCAACUCUGGGAGUCUCUGCCUCACCCGCCUCUUUCGUACAUGGGAAGCGACUACGCCUAUCGCAGUGCCGAUGGCUCAAACAAUAACCCUACCCUUCCAUGGCUGGGAGCUGCCAACACGCCAUAUGCGCGCUCGAUCGCCCCGUUGACGAUCCAACCCGGUGGUCUGCCCGAUGCCGGUCUUGUGUUCGAUAGCCUCUUCGCUCGCGACAAGUUCAGACCUCACCCAAACAAGGUCUCCAGUGUGUUCUUCGACUGGGCGUCUCUGAUUAUCCACGACAUCUUCCAGACUGACCACCAGAACCCGAACAUUAACAAGACCUCCGGCUACCUUGACCUGUCAAUUCUGUACGGUGAUGUGAAGGAGGAGCAAGACCUUGUGCGUACCCACAAGGACGGAAAGCUGAAGCCGGAUGCGUUCUCGGAGCCGCGACUCCAGGCUUUCCCUGCCACAUGCUGUGUUUUGCUGGUCAUGUUGAACCGAUUCCACAACCACGUCGUGGAGCAGCUGGCUGAAAUUAACGAGAAUGGACGCUUCACCAAGCCUAGCCCUGACUUGCCGGAAGACAAGGCGAAGGCUGCCUGGGAAAAGUACGAUGAGGACCUUUUCCAGACUGGUCGUCUGAUCACCUGUGGUCUGUACAUCAACAUCACCCUGUACGACUACCUGCGUACCAUCGUCAACCUGAACAGAGUGAACAGCACCUGGUGCCUUGACCCUCGUGCACAAAUGGAAGGCUCUAGCAGCACUCCGUCGGGCCUUGGUAACCAAUGCUCCGUCGAGUUCAACCUGGCGUACCGCUGGCACUCCGCUAUUAGUGCCAAUGACGAGAAGUGGACUGAACAGGUCUAUCAAGAUCUGAUGGGCAAGCCUGCUGAAGAGGUCUCCGUUGAGGAGCUGCUCGGCGGCCUGAUGAAGUAUGGCCGAAGCCUCGAGAAGGACCCCUCUAAGCGGACCUUCGCCGGCCUGCAACGCCAGGCCGAUGGAACGUUCAAGGAUGAGGAGCUCGUCGAGAUCCUGACCAAUGCCGUCGAGGACGUUGCUGGCUCCUUCGGUGCCCGUCAUGUCCCUAAGGCUCUCAAGGCCGUGGAAGUCCUGGGUAUCAACCAAGCCCGUCAGUGGAACGUUGGCUCCCUGAACGAGUUCCGCAAGUUCUUUGACUUGAAGCCUUAUGAGUCCUUCGAGGAAAUCAACUCCGACCCGGACGUUGCUGACGCUCUUCGGAACCUGUAUGAGCACCCGGACUAUGUCGAGCUCUAUCCUGGUAUUGUUGCGGAAGAAGCCAAGGAGCCCAUGAUUCCGGGUGUGGGAAUUGCUCCUACCUACACUAUCUCCCGUGCUGUUCUAUCGGAUGCAGUGGCUCUUGUCCGCGGUGAUCGUCAUUACACGAUCGACUACAACCCCAGGAACCUGACCAACUGGGGAUACAACGAGUGCCGCUAUGACCUUAGCAUCAACCAGGGCUGCGUCUUCUAUAAGCUCGCCACCAGGGCUUUCCCGAACUGGUUCAAGCCCGACUCCAUCUAUGCCCACUACCCCAUGACUAUCCCAUCUGAGAACAGAAACAUCAUGAAGAACCUGGGCCGCGAGUCGCACUACUCUUGGGAGCGCCCGAAGUUCACCCCUCCCCAGGUGAAUCUCGUCUCUUACCCGAACGUCAAGUUGGCCCUCGAGCAGGAGAAGCAGUUCCGUGUCAUCUGGAGCGGCAACACCCCUCUUCGCCCCGCCAAGGGCGGCGAUGACUUCUGGAGCAAGGCCCUGAACAACGAUGAGUGGCGCAAGAACAUCAAGGAGUUUUACGAGGACAUGACCAUCAAGCUUCUCAAUGAGAAGUCGUGCAAGCUUGGUGGCAUUAGACAGAUUGAUAUCACUCGGGAUCUGGGCAAUCUGGCUCCCGUCCACUUCGCCUCCAAGGUGUUCUCCCUGCCGUUGAAGACGAAACAGAACUCCAAGGGCGUCUUCACCGAGCACGAGAUGUUCAUGAUCAUGGCGGUCGUGUUCACCAGUGUGUUCUUUGACGUGGACCCUACCAAGUCGUUCCCUAUGCACUUUGCCUCCCGCGCCGUAUCGCAGCAGCUCGGCAGUGCGAUUGAGAGCCACGUCAAGUCGAUCGGCCACCCGGGCUUCCUUUCCGCCAUCAUCGACAGCUUCCGCGACGAUGACAACGUGCUGAAGGAGUACGGAGACCAGCUGAUCAAGAAGCUUCUCGAUUCUGGCCUGGGUGUCUCCGACGUCACGUAUUCUCAGAUCCUGCCGACUGCUGUGUCGAUGGUCCACAACCAAGCUCGCAUGUUCACCCACAUUGUCGACUACUACGUCACGGAAGGCAAGAAGCAUCUGCCUGAAAUCAACCGUCUGGCCAAGGAGACCACACCCGAGGCGGAUGAGAAACUGACCCGGUACUGUCUGGAGGCUUUCCGUCUCUUCGGAACCUUCGGCUCCUACCGCGAGGCUCAGACCGACUUCACGGUGAACGACGGGUCCGGCCCUGUCGACAUCAAGCAGGGCGACAAGGUCUUCGUCGGAGCUGUCAAGGCCAACCGCGACCCUAGUGUCUUCCCUGACCCCGACGAAGUCCGUCUGGACCGUCCCCUGGACUCGUACAUCCAGUUCGGUCUCGGCCCCCACGCCGGCCUCGGCAAGGAGGCUACUCUCCUGGCUCUGACGGCCAUGCUCCGCGUUGUUGGCCGUCUGGACAACCUCCGGCCCGCCCCUGGACCUCAGGGCCAACUCAAGAAGAUCCCCCGCGAGGGUGGUUACUAUGUCUACCUCCGCGAAGACUGGGGCAGCUACUCUCCUUUCCCGACUACCUUCAAGGUCCACUUUGAUGGGGAGCUUCCUGCUCCAAAGAAGCGCGGAAUCGCCUCCGCGUGA